AUUUAAGGAUACUGGUCGUUUACUUUCGAUAUUAACUGCAUUGGGCCGGAGAGCUGAAGCAUACUCUUCUUAAAACUCUGGACUAAAUCACCAAAAAUGAAAUCACUCAUCACUUUUGCCCUAUUCUGUGUGCUGUACGUCACUGUACAAGGGAAAACAUCCAGUCCCAAGGUCCAGGUGUACAGUCAUUUUCCUGGAGAGUAUGGAAAGGAGAACACCCUAAUCUGCCAUGUCAGUGGCUUCCACCCUCCUGAUAUCACUAUUGAACUGCUGAAGGAUGGCGAGGUUCUCCCAAAUACCCAGCAGACUGACCUGGCCUUCGAAAAGGGCUGGCAGUUUCACCUUACCAAGAGCGUCCCCUUCAAACCAGAGAGAGGAGAUAACUACGCCUGCAGUGUCCGACACAUGAGCAAUAAAAAUGUCUAUUCUUGGGAGCCCAAUAUGUAAAGCUAAAACAGUCAAAGGCGGAGAAAGGACGGUAAGUUUAUUAUUGUUUAUUAUUCAUGGAAAAAUAUAGCCAAAAACCAAAAAUGUUUUUCUGCCA